AAUUUUAGUAAAGUUGUCAUAGAAACAAACAAACGCACAGGUCAGUUCAGCUCUGGAAAGACCAAGACACUGGAAGCUCCGACCAGCUUAGACGAAUCGUCGUUUACAGAUCUCACUCACUCAGAUCCAUUCGAAUUACAUAUCAGUACACCAUGCCUUCCCGAAGAAGAACUCUCUUGAAGGUCAUCAUCCUCGGUGACAGUGGGGUAGGCAAGACCUCUUUGAUGAACCAAUAUGUAAAUAAGAAGUUUAGCAAUCAGUACAAGGCAACAAUUGGAGCUGAUUUUUUGACUAAAGAAGUGCAAUUUGAAGAUAGGCUCUUCACCUUGCAGAUUUGGGACACUGCUGGUCAGGAAAGAUUCCAAAGUCUUGGAGUUGCUUUCUAUCGUGGUGCUGAUUGCUGUGUUCUUGUUUAUGAUGUUAAUUCUAUGAAAUCCUUUGACAACCUUAACAAUUGGAGGGAAGAAUUUCUCAUUCAGGCAAGCCCUUCAGAUCCUGAAAAUUUUCCAUUUGUUGUUAUAGGAAACAAGAUUGAUGUAGAUGGUGGAAAUAGUAGAGUGGUUUCUGAGAAAAAAGCUCGAGCUUGGUGUGCAUCUAAAGGGAAUAUCCCAUACUUUGAGACCUCUGCCAAGGAGGGCAUUAAUGUAGAAGAAGCUUUCCAAUGCAUAGCAAAAAAUGCUUUGAAGAGUGGGGAAGAGGAAGAGAUAUACUUGCCGGAUACCAUUGAUGUUGCGAACAACAGUCAGUCAAGGUCAACUGGAUGCGAGUGCUAAGGAUAAUACAGGAGGAUUCUUUUCCCAGUAAAAGUGAAUAAAUAUGUUAAGACUGCAAAACUGUGGCCGUCUAUAUUGUUUUUUGUAUGCCGACUAUCCUGUCCUGUACAUUAGAAACAAAUUAGUCCCACAAGUGCUUGUCUGGUUUGGUUAAAGGUUGGAUUCUGCUUUCUGUUCUUCGUAAUUAAUUUCAUUCAGUAAUUGGAAAGAUAAAUUAUAGUGGCGUAA